UUGUAUACUCAAGCUCAUAGAAGUCGUCUAUGAGAAGCACAGGUCUACAAGCAGCUAAACACAGACUCAGUGUUCCUAUGCAUGCCCUUCUGUGUAUGGUUACCUUCCUCCUGCAAACGGAGGGGGAAGAGCUAGCUUUGUUUAUUCAAAUAACAGCAUGCAAGAAACUGCCUCUAAGUAAGUCUGAGGCUUGUCAAUUAAAGCUGCAGACUUUACAAGCUGUUUGUGAAAGUUCAUUAUCCAGUAUAACUGAAGCAAAGGUGCAACCUUAAAAAAUCACCGAACAACUCAAGGCUAAAACUGUAGACUGCAAACACACCCUUCUGCUUGGAAUGCCAAAUCCUCUGGCUGUGAGAGGCUGGCAAAGCUCCUCCUUGCUGCUGUAGCUACACCUCCCGCCCCACCCCCAGUUCAGUAACUCAGCACAAGAACUUUGCUAACUUCAUAAGUGCCUAAAAGGAAAGAAAUCCCUUUUAAGGAAGCAUUUUGUGAAAGCCAAGUGCUGCUAUUUUACAUGUCCAUUCCAUUCCCUUGUAGAAACAGAACAAGAGUUUCACACAUGCAUGUUCUUUUCCUUUCCCUGUUCUUAGCUUCUGCAACAGUUGUUUGCCAAAAAUAAACACCAUUCCACAACCAUAUAUGUGCAACAGCCUUCUGGGGAUUCUGAGCCCCCUCCAGCACUGCCCUGAUUCCACAAGGCCUGGAGACACUCUUCUUUCUAACACGCUCUGACUGGCUAUGCAUAUAACCCAGCUGAAUCGGGAAUGCCUUUUACAUCUAUUUUCCUUUCUGGAUAAAAAUAGUAGGAAAAGUUUAGCAAAAACAUGUCACAAGUUGCUAGAAGUGUUUCAGGAUCCUUUACUGUGGUCUUUGUUGAACUUCCAUUCUCCAGCGGAACUAAAGAAGGAUAAUUUUCUCCUGGGACCUGCUUUAAAAUACUUAUCCAUCUGCUGGUAUUCAGACAGAGUCAAGGUGUGUAACAUUGAGGACUGGAUGAAAAACAAUUUCCAGAAAGACUUCUGUAACAGGCAUGAAAACACUGUCAAUGAUUUUUUACUAGAAGUUUGCAACAGAUCUCCAAACCUGCGAUCUCUGACCCUCUCUGGAUGUGGCCACGUUACAGAUGACUGCAUCUUGCUUCUGCUCAAGAACUGCCCAAACCUCAAGACACUCAAACUGGAAAACUGUGUGCGGAUCACUGACCAGACACUAGAAGCAGUGACCCUCUAUGGGGGAUCACUGCAAACACUCCAUGUGGAUUUCUGCCGGAACAUAACACAAACAGGCCUAGAGAGAGUCAGGGAAAAAUGUCCUUCAGUAAUGCUGAGAGCAGAGAGAAGUGCUAACAUGAUUCCAGACAAUAAGCCAGAAAAAAAGUUGAUGCUUGAAAAAGCAUCAAGAAAAUUGAUUCAGCUUUAAGUGUAACAAAUUGUAUAAACUUAGUGUGGGUAUUUUACUUCACUCCUUCCACUCUCCCCUUGGGUAGCACUGCUUCAAUCAGCUGUGGCUACUUUCCUGCAUUCUGGUUUAAGUCCAAACAAAUAGUUGCUAAGUUUUCUGAAGGCUACACUGGGGUAAGACAUGCAUCUCCACCAGGAAAGUCUUAAGGAAAAAAAGCUGUUUGACUUUUGUUAUUCCUUGAAACUGGAAAACCUGCUGUCACAAAAUGCUAGAUCCGAUUAAGGCUGAAAACUGCAAUUCUGUUAUCCUCUUGUCACAGAUGAGUGGAAUGCACCUCACAGAAGAGAGAAGCAGCAGUAUGUUUUA